AAUCAAUCUUCCAAUAGUUCGCUGGUUGCUUCUCCUUCGUCARUCCGUCUUGCUCGAUCUGCAGCCAUGCAGAUCUUCGUAAAAACCCUAACUGGGAAAACCAUAACCCUAGAGGUUGAGUCCUCAGACACCAUCGACAAUGUGAAGGCGAAGAUCCAGGACAAAGAGGGCAUCCCUCCCGAUCAGCAACGCCUUAUCUUCGCGGGAAAGCAGCUUGAGGACGGCCGAACCCUGGCCGAUUACAAUAUCCAGAAAGAAUCGACGCUUCAUCUGGUUCUUCGUCUCAGAGGAGGAGCGAAGAAGCGAAAGAAGAAGACCUAUACCAAGCCCAAGAAGAUCAAGCACAAGAAGAAGAAGGUCAAGCUUGCUCUCUUGCAGUUCUACAAGGUUGACGACUCCGGGAAGGUUCAGAGGCUGAGGAAGGAGUGUCCGAAUCAGGAGUGCGGAGCUGGGACAUUCAUGGCCAACCAUUUUGAUCGCCAUUACUGUGGAAAGUGUGGCUUGACCUACGUUUAUCAGAAGGCCGGAGGGGAUUAAUUUUGUUCGUGGUAGGACUGUGGAUCCUUUAGCCUAUUUUAUGAAAUUAUGCCUUUUUUUUUAAGUUGGAAUUUUGGUUAUUAGAGAAGAGUACAUUCUAGAAUUUUGCUUAGCAUUGCUGUUUUGAUAGAUCUCUGACAUCUGAUGAUGAAUUUGAAUGGUUUAAUCGCAAAAUUUUAGACAUUUAUAUGGGCUUA